AGAAUUGGCUCUCACAAAAGAUUUGAUGAAAGAUCAUAUGGUGGAAUGGGGGAAAAAUGGAUGUUCAAUUAUGUCGGAUGGAUGGACCGAUAGGAAAGAGAGAACUUUGGUGAACUUUUUGGUUAAUUGUUCAAAGGGAACCAUGUUCAUGCAAUCCAUUGAUGCUUCUUCAAUGAUUAAGACGGGAGAGAAGAUGUUUGAGUUACUUGACAAAUGGGUAGAGCAAGUUGGUGAGGAGAAUUUUAUUCAAGUUAUAACAGAUAAUCACUCAAGUUAUGUGAUGGCAGGGAGGUUGUUAGAAUUAAAGCGCCCACAUUUGUAUUGGACACCAUGUGCUGCACAUUGCCUUGACUUGAUGUUGGAAGAUAUUGGAAAGCUACCAAACAUCAAGAGGACAUUGGAGAGGGCUAUAUCACUAAAUGGGUAUAUUUAUAAUCGCUCAGGGCUACUCAACAUGAUGAAGCGGUUUACUGGACAAAGGGAAUUGCUUAGGCCUGCUAAGACUCGAUUUGCAACUGCUUUCAUCACAUUAUCGCGAUUGCAUGAACAAAAAAACAAUUUGAGGAAGAUGUUUACAAGCUCGGAUUGGUCAGAUAGUAAAUGGGCAAAAGAGCAGAAGGGGAAAACUAUAGCCAACAUAGUUCUAAUGCCUUCAUUUUGA